UAUUUAAUUCUUAUUACUUAGUAAUUACGCAUAGUUUAACAUGGAUACGACGCGAGAGCGAAAAGAUAAGAUAUUUAGUUAAUAAAAUGACUUUCAAAAGUAAUGAUGCUAGUGUCUCCUACUUACGGAAAUUUUAUAGACAAAUUUUGGCGGCCAUCGCAGGUACCCUAUUUGCUGUAUCGGAUGGCAUGACCUAUGGUUGGACGUCUCCUAUGAUCCCAUACCUAAUCGGGCCUGAUAGUCACAUACAAACUACAAAACAUGUAGCAGAAUGGUUGGAAACCGCUCUACUAUGCGGAUCUUUAGCGGGUUUACCUUUAACUAUUUACUCCGUCGAUAAAUACGGUAGAAAAAAGUCGUUAUUAUUUGCUUCAGUGGUGAUUUUAAUAGGAUGGAUGCUGAUUGCUUUUGGAAACCAUAUGGGUUACCUAUUUGCAGGAAGGUUCUUGUGCGGUAUGGCAGGCGACAUGGCGUUUGUGGCUUGCCCAAUGUAUAUGGCAGAAAUAUCGGACCCAAAAAUCCGAGGUCUACUUUCAGGAAUAAUAUACAUCAUGGUCCACAUUGGAACAUUAAUAGUCUACUGCAUAGGCCCGUUUACUCCUUUUUAUGUCGCUCCGUUAAUAGGAUCCACAAUGGUCAUUAUGGAAUUAGCGGUCUUCUACUUUAUGCCAGAAUCACCUUACUUUCUUCUCUCCGUAGACAAGGAAAGGAAAGCCAGAGAAGCAUUAGCUUUUUUCAAACCUUACAGCAAUAUCGACGAUGAGGUUAACGAAAUAUCAACAAUGUUAGAGAAACAAAAACAGGAUAAAGGUCGAAUACAAGACUUAAUACUAGUGAAAAGUAACAGAAAAGCUAUAACAAUAAUGGCAGUAUUGAACACUGGGCAACAUUUGUGCGCUUAUACCGUCAUAUUGAUGAACCUUCAUAUAAUUCUAGAAUCGGCAGGAUCUAUUUUUAUAGAAUCCUCUCACGCUGCUAUAAUAUUUGCUUCCAUAAUGUUAGUAUCUGCUGCGUAUUCUUCCUUAAGGGUGGAUAAAUAUGGAAGAAGAAUUUUGCUAAUGAUCUCUUCGAUUGUAUCAGGAUUAUGUUUACUAGCUAUAGCUGUUUAUUUCCACCUGAAAGCUACAGGUGUGGAUGUAACAUCAGUUAGUUUUAUACCAAUAGUUUCAGUUAUGGUAUACGCUUGUUUCUUCAAGUUAGGUGUAGGAAUAGUACCUAUUAUUGUCACAGCUGAAAUUUUCCCUAGUAAUAUGAAAGCUAUUGGAAUGACCAUGUCUGAUGCUAUGUUUAUUUUUGGCGGAUUAAUAGCCAUACAACUGUAUCAAACUUUGUCACGAGCUUUCCAUAUUUUCGUACCGUUAUACUUAUUCGGAUUUUAUGCAUUCUUCCUGACUUUCUUUACAUACUUCUUUAUACCGGAGACCAAAGGAAAGUCCUUAGAUGAGAUACAGAGUAUGCUGAAAGGAGAUAAUGUUAAACUGAAAACGAUAGAAAAAUGUAAAGAAGCAGACACCACUCAUAUUUAAUGCUAUUUAUUUGAUUUUUUAAAUUAAUUUUCGUGCAACUUUAAAAAUAUGAUCUCCGAAAUUGUUUAGUAUUAAAAUUGCACAAAAUUAAAUUAAAAAAAAAAGAUAAAUAGACAUAACAGAAGAAAAGCAUAAAUGUGCUGCGGUUUAUUGUGAUUAAAUUUAUUCGUACGUUUUCAGUAUUUCAAUAGUAUGUUAUAGAGCUUCUGUUGAUGCAUCCGACUUGCCUACAGGUUCCUAAAGAAUUGAUUGUUUUGGUACCUUUCCAAGACCUGUAAAUGUUUGCUUGACUUGCAGUAGUCAUUACGUUUACAAAAUUGGUUGAAGUUUAGUCAAAAAAAAAAAAAAGGUUUGACUACUUCCGAAACGAUUGUGUUGUUGUCGUACAAUAACAUCCUCUGUUUUUUAGAUCAUGCCUUCUAAAAAAAUGUCUUUCUACAUAUCUGUAAUCAGUUCCAACAUUUCUUUUAUUGUAGAAUGUUUCGUAAAACGUCUUCUUUUAUAGAUUGCUUUCCAAAAAAGCCUUUUCAACGCUCUCUUAUGGCACAAUCUAUUUAAUGAGAACCACUAAUACGGAAUGAAGUCUUUACCACAACCAUUUAUUGAUAUUGAUCUAUAAUUAUAUCAGCUUUGUUUUUAUGGCUAUGUCAGUAAGCUAGAAAGUAAUAAAUCUUUAUCCAGGUGAUGAUGAUUUUUAUGCGGUUCAUAAUUGUAAGCAAAUGUGCAGCACAGUUAAAAAUUGUUGUAAAAAUCUUCUGUUUCUGUAAAGUGGCGAAUGCCUAUCAAUUUGUUAAAACUUGUCAUGCAGAUUAUCACCAGUGUGGCGCAACUACGUACUUCAAUAGUAAACGUGGGGUUUUUAAUUUCCCAUUAAUUUUAAUUACUAAAUUAGCACAUUCUAGAUGUCAUUAGAUGUAUUUUUAUAUAAAAUACUGUACAUUGUUGUUCAAUAUUGCAUUGGAAUAUUUUUAUUUAAAGUAGUAUUUUUAUUUUGUUAUUAUACAAAGCUGGAGGCUGCCUUAAAGUUUCUAUAAUAUACAAGAAAAGUAAAAAAUGUGAAUUAGGUUUAAGACUAAACUACCGUCAAUGUUUGAUGUGUGAAUAGGAAUUUUCAGUAGUCUGUAAAAAUAUUAAUGCUCAAGUGUACUAGUAUGGAACUUACAUUUUAUUUUUAAACUUAUUUCGUUUUUUUAUGAAAAUAUUUAUACAAUUUAAGACCUAUAUUUACAAAUUUUAAGUCAUAUUUGUGUAAAAUUAGAACCUGUAUUAAAUAUCUAUAAGACUGUGAUAUUAUGCAGCAAUUUAAAUGUUAUAAAUGUUCUUAAAAAGGAGUGCAACUCGAAAUCAAUACCACAAAAUCAGUACUAUUGUUAAAAAAAAGGUUUGAGUGCGACUAGUUUCGAUCUUUUCAGGCCAUCUUCUGGCCUAUAAUACAAAAAUGUAACCAAAUAUUACUAGUAAUGCCCAAUUUUUGUAUUAUAUAACUCAAAAUGGCUUAGAGAAAAAGAAAUUUGCCGCACUCAAAAUUUUAACUCUGGAAAUUAUUUUGUUCGUAUGUACAUUGUAUUUAGAUCAACUGGUAGAACAACGCCAAUGCAAAUUAUCUUAGAGGACAAUGGACAGUAUCAAUAGAUGGCAGCAAGCUCCCUGGUGUCCAAGUCAUGUCUUUGAUAAUUUUGUCGUCUUCUACCGAGCCAUGGAACGGUUGUCGAAACUGAAUCACGGACGUAAUUUCUCUAUUUACUAAUAGAUGAAACGAUAAUCGAUUCAGAAUAUUUGUUUUAAAAUUUUGGCAGUCCACCCAAAUAUGUAUAUAAAAUUCUAUACUCAAUGAUGGAGGGAGCGCCUAGCACACGAGCCAUUUUGAUGAAGUGCUGUACAGUUCUAACAGAUGGCGCGACUGAAUUGCCUCCAGCAAAACGUCCAUAGGGUUGAUAUACUAGGAUAUCUAAAUACAAUGGUAUGUAUAUGUGUCAAGCUUUGGUUCAAGGUCAAAAGAUACUGGUGUCGCUACUGAGUGACGAAAAACAUAUAGAUAGGAUUAUUCAGUAGGUAUGCCAAUGAAAGCAAGAUGCCCAGUGGAUAGCUCAUUUCCCGUCACAGAUGUAGCGUAUAUCGAACGAAUAAUUCAUGCGUCAAUAAAACAAAUGAUUCAUUUGAAAAGAUCUAUCUAUUUGAAUUAGGGCGUGGUUCAAAGCCCACUCGUACUAAAGCUCUAGGCUUAUUGUACCCCUCUCAGUUUCUAUUCCAUCAGAUUGAUUUUCUUGGUGAAUUCAAGAAUAUGUCUGAUGGGCGAUUUCGCGAUUUCUUCAGAUUCCUCGAAGUAGCAUUCCCGUUCCCAUUUAAGGUUCCGACAGUGGCAUAGUAUGUGAAUUGUGAAUAGGAGUUUCGUUCUCUUCUUUACAUAUUCUACAUAGGGAGUCAUUAAAUAUCCCUAUGAGAUUUAGGUGUCUUCUAAGGCCGCAGUGUCCCGUAAGGAGUCAUAUUACUGCCUUGAGUUCGCUUUUGCUAAGGUUUAGCAGUUGAUUUUGUCUGCUCGUGGAUGGCCCCUCUAUGAAUCUUUUGGACUGUCUAAGUCCAGAAAGUUUCAACCAGGGCUUAUGGUGUUUAUACCUUUAACACCCAUUUAAUAUAUUGGUAUGAGAUACCACAUGUAAAUUCUGGUCCAAUAAGAGUUUUUUCCGCUCCCUUUCUUGCUAGGAGGUCUGUUUUCUCGUUUCCAAACACUUCCUCAUGUCCCGUCAUCCAUUCAAGGGUGGUAAUGUUAUGUUCUGCCAGGGCCUAGAGGAAAUGUUGGCAAUCAAGUAUUGAUUUAGAUUGUACUUCUACCAUUUUUACUGCUUUAAGGGCUGCCUGACUGUCUGUCAUGAUAAAGAUCCUCUUAUCUCUAAAAGAGUCAUUUAGCAUGACAUUGGCGCAGGCAUUUAUAGCUAUUACUUCAGCCUAGAAGACUGUUAUCAGUAACUCCAGGUUCAGACUACUGGGCCUCCAUGAGUUUACAUGUUAGAUCCCAGCUCCUGUACUGUUUUUCAUUUUCGAAUCGUCUGUAUACCAUAUUGAUUCGUUUUGUUUUUCCAUAUUUUCCCGGCUUUUGGCCCGUUCUGGUAUUUGAAUAUUAAAAGGUUUCCUGAAGUCGUGAAUAAUGGGCGUUCUAUCCGAUGGCAUUCUUAGUACCGGAUUUGGUUUUAUUUUUUUUUAUCAUUGUGUGGUGUCCUUUUCUCGAAAGUUCCCAUCCAAAUCCAUUAGUAAACAGCCUGUAUGACGCCCCAUAGCCUCCUUCUGUAGUGGAGGAAGAUCUAUCAGUAGCUCCAUUACUGCUGCUAAAUCCCCUAUUAUUAUUAUUCUUUGUAUCUUGUAAUUUUCUGUCAGCUGUUAUGCUUUUAGUCUUGUGCCACCAUAUGACUGAUGAGUAAGUUUUAACAGGUACUACAACCAUAGUGUAAAGCCAGUGCAUCAUACUUGGUUUGAGCACCCAUAUGUUCCUUACCAUCCGUCUACAGGUCCAUAGUAUUCUUACAGCGUUUUCUGUUAUUUUUUCUAUAUUGCUGCAGAAGCUAAGCUUGUCAUCAAGAGUGAUUCCAAGAUAUUUAACCUCUUUUGCCAUUUUUAGAUGUUGUCCCCAUAUAUAAAUCUCCUUCAUUCCUGGAAGGUUCCUGAAAGAUACGUUCUAAAUACAUUUUAGCGACCAGGACAUUUGUGAAUUUUUGUGAUUUUUUUUAAUAAUAUAUAUUUUGUCGUAUUGAUUUCAAAAUUCAUUAUUUCUUUUAAAAUAUCUAUAUGUAAGCCACAAGUUGUAAUCGCAUUAUAAAUUAAAUAAUUUUUAAUUUAUCAACGACUGAGAAAAAUUGCUAUAAAUAAUAACAAGUUGUGUUUUUUCUUUGUAAAAUAAAUAUCGUACAAAGAGAAAUAAGAAGAUAUUAAAAAAGAAAAAAUUAUGAAAGACGAACAACAAAAAGUGUAAAAAUUAAAUAAAAGUAUUUCUGAAAGAAUAAUAUUUUACAAUUGUUAAAAACCCGUUAUACUCGUG